AUUUGGGUCUCUUCUCAUCACAAGUCGCAACGCUUAAUCGUAUCUGCCUAGAACAUUUUCUGGUACAUGUAUGUAUAAUCGUCGGUGAUGGAAGUGUUUCUUCUUCUAGAUUCUGCUCUCGCUUCAAAGAUCUGAUUGAUUUGUUUCAUAUCUUUCCAAGUAACCUCUCUAAUUGUUUAUCUUUUGUUUAUCCCUGAUGCAAUAAACGUUCCAAGCGGACUCCUGAUGCAAUAAACGUUCCAAGGUCUCGAAGGCAUGGAAGAAGAAGAGACAUUAUGGCUGAAUGUAGGGCAUACUUUAUGGAAGUGAAAGAUACGUUUCAUGAUCAAAUUGAAAAAUAUGAUAUGUUCAAGAAUAUUUUGUUAGAUUUGAAGGCACGAAGGAUUGGUCGUCAUACUGCGUUUGCUCAAUUGAAAGAGUUGUUCAAGGAGCACAACGAAUUGAUUAUCGGAUUUAACACCUUUUUGCCAACUGGAUACAAGAUAGCUCUUGAUGAUGACGUAGAAGACUCUUUUAGCUCGACUGCAAGAAACUAUUGAAAUUAUCUUGUCAUAUUUUUUCUACUCAAAUGAUACGAUCAAAAUCUCUAAAUUAGUCUCUCUAUUCAGUUCUUGAUGGUUUAUCGAGUAUCUUUGCUUUGCCAUGCAUGUAGGAAUUUCACUAUGAUAAAGUUUGACCUUUUGCUAUCUUCUU